UCGCCGGGUGGAAACCGUCCCCAAAUGGAAAGAAUGUUGAUUGGGACCCACAAUGGUGCUUUUCACUGUGAUGAAGUGUUGGCAAUUGCAAUGCUUAAACAACUCCCAGAGUACAAAAAUGCAUACAUAAUGCGCUACCGGGAUGUGCAAAAACUGGUCAAUUGCAAUAUUCUCGUUGAUGCUGGCGACAUUUUCGACGCGGCCACUAAUCGCUUUGACCAUCAUCAGCCAUCAUUUAACCUUACUAUAAAGGAUUUCCAUCCUAAGCUGGAACCAGCCGUGAAAUUGAGCAGUGCGGGUCUCAUUUAUGCGCACUUUGGUAAAAGAGUAAUUACCGAGAUUGCUGGGAAGUUGAAUUCCGAUGAGGACUUGGAAGCGGUAUUUAAACCGGUAUGCUACCUGCACCUCAUUUCUUUCGAAUACCUGUAUAAGGAUUUUAUUAGUGAAGUGGACGCUACUGACAAUGGUGUGCCAAUUUCAGACGGUGCAACAAAUUACCUUAUUAAAACCGGAAUAAGUACGCGAGUGAGACGCCUAAACUCAGCCUGGAAUAAAGAUGAAACAGAAAUGCAGCGCUUCUUCGAGGCGCUAGCUCUGGUUUUUAACGAAUUGGUUGCAGAUGUCAGGCAUUUAGUGGACGAAAUGCUACCGGCUAAAACCCUUGUGAAGGCUGCUCUUAAGUCACAUUUUUCCGUCCAAACCUCUAGAACGAUUGCACUACAGACCACCCAAACACAAAUAGCAUAA